CCUUUAAGAUUAAUUUUGAUAAUAAAAUUGGAUUUCAGUUAAAGUUUUAAUUGUUUUCCCCCUGAAUCCUCCAAUGUGAUUUUUUUCACGCCAUUAGUAAUGGUCCUAAGAUUCUAAAAGUGCUAAUUUAACUUUCAGAUUUUGUCAGAUGUGUACGUUAUGCCCAAUAUACUGAAGUGACUUCGCUGCAAUUUUGUCAGUUCUAUGGUGCUAGUUCUAUGUUUUUGUUGUUAGGGAUUGAUAAGGAUGUAAUUGAGGGGUGUUCAAUAAUGUUGCAAGCAUUGUCCUCUGGGUAUAAUAUUUAUGUCGAAAAAUUUAAGUCCUUUGCACUGGAAACUGCUAAAGAGUUAACAAAUUUAUAUCCAUGGCACUAUCUUCCAGGUUUCCACUAAAUCAUGCCCGAAAAAAUUCUCGUGUUUCAACAAACACAGAUCUUAUUAACCGUCUUCUUCUGAGCUCUGACCCUUUUAUAAUGGGACAGCGAACGUUACCAAACAAUAACCAGUAAAGAAAGUCUUAAAGUCGAGCGGGGCCGACUUCAUGAUACCCUACACCACUUUGCAUAUUUAGUAGAGCGUCACAUAAUAAAUAAAGGUUUUAAUGGGGAAUUUGUGAGAAUUAAAUCAUACCAACAAUGAUUAUAGUAAUAAUCAAAAGUCCAAAAGAACUAAUAUAUGGGAGGAAUAUCCUCAUCUGAAUCGAUUUCUAUUAAAUUUGUCGAGGCGUUUACGCCUUUUUCAAUUCGGGCUUGUAUUAUCCAUUUGGUGCACAAUUAACUUGAAAUCGGAUAGAUAUAUAUGAGAGCUAUAUCUAAAUUUGAUUUGGGCUAAUAUUACACGUUUGGUGCACAAUAAAAGGCAAAUCGGACGAAGAUAUAUAUUUGAGCCAUGUCCAAAUAUUAACAGAUCUCGAUAAAAUUUAGAAAGGGUAUUUCUGAGUUAUAUUUGAUAUAUUUCCCCAAAUAUCGUUGUCACAGAGUGCAUAUUACGGCUGCGGAGGACAAAAAUAACAAAUUGGAUGAACAAUAUAUAUGGGAGCUAUAUACAUAUCUGAACCGAUUUCGAUCAAAUUUGGCAUACUUAUUUUUUGAGGUCCCAUCUGGUCGUACGUAUAUUCCAUACUAUUUGGGCUGAUAUUACAAGUUUGGUGCACAAUAUAAGGCAAAUUGGAUGAAUAUAUAUGGGAGCUAUACCUACAUUUUGACCGGUUAUAUCCAAUUUCAAUAGGGCCUUAAGUCAAACUAAUUAUUUGUGCAAAAUGUAUCUUUGAUUUAAUUUUACAAUUAAUUGUUAUUUUAUUUUGUUUACAAAAAAAUAAUCAAAUUUGGACUUGAUUUGUAUAAAAAAUGCUUCUAUUUCUGGAGGUACCUUACAAGGGACUCUACCUGAUGGCGGGCUGUUCCAAAUAAUUUUCAAUAAGAUUAUUUUUUAGCUCUUUAGAACGUAAAAUGUCAAAUAACAUUACAAUCUGGUGUAUAAAUGUGACAAGAAUUGGGCAAAUAACCCUUAUUCGGGAGGUACGUUAUAUGGGGACCAUGCCAAAACAUGCAUCGACCAUAUCCAUUUUGUCACAUUUUUUAUAUUUAUCCCAUCAAGGUACUAUAACCAAAGAUUCAUAUUGAUAUCUGCACUGAAAGUAUUUUUGGCCGCUGUUCCCAUACGACCUCGACCACUGUGCAAUGGGAAGAUGUAAUCGUCCCAGGAGGAUACUGUUUCUUUGUAUGAAAAAUCCAUUUCACAUACAUAUUUUUCAGUUAAAAACACAAUUUGGAAAUUCUGUGAACCUAGGGUUGAAGGCGAAAGAAUAAAAGAAAAAAAGAAUGCAUUCGGAAUGGAUUUUCCUUCAUCCGAAACAGGACCUUAGGUCAAAACUUUUUAAUUAUUAUUUUUUAAUUUCAAUAGAGAUUUGUGGACGAAUUUAAUUUAUCCAUUUAUUUUAAUGAAAUAAUAUUCUCAUCAUUAACGGAACGAAUGGACUUUCGAAAUGCUCGUGCACGUCAACCUGAAAUUGUUCGCUCCGUGCAAAAAGAUGCAAAAUAUUCAAGCGAGCUUUCUGAAGAUUUGUCCGAUAUAUUACGGCUGACAGGUCCAAGGAACUGGAUUAAGUACAAUUCAUUAACAAAGCUGUUAGCGGAGAUAUCGUACCAUGGAUUCGCAUCGUUGAAUAACCUUCAAACUCUUGGUGAAGAGUACACUGGAAUAAUACAGGUCGAUUCCGUAUAUAAACAAAUACCUUCCAGACUGCUACAACUCUCAGCAAUAAUUUUGGAAUUCGGUGGCGAUGCAUUGUAUCUAAAAGUACUGCAGAAACUAGGAAAAUAUGUCGAAGAACACGAAGACAUUGUGCCAGAAGCGAAGAAGAAGAUUAAAGCGCUUAUAUUGUUUAUGCAGGUUUCUCCAUCAUAUAUAAAAGCGUUGCACAAGUCACUCUUUUAUUUACGUUCCGAUAAGUACCAAAUAUCCAAACGCCUUACUGGUAUUAACUAUGUACUUAUCCGCCACUGGGUACAACCUGAAUUUUCUCUUUACGGCUACAAAAUAUUGGGAAUUGUGACUUUUAUGCAAGUAACUUUUUCUGCUGCCUUAGCUGCCUUUGACACAUGGAAGGAACACAAAAGAAAACAGUAUGAGUUGUCCAAGUCAAUGAAACAUUUUGUACGCAAAGAAUUUCAUACCAAAGCUAACGAAAGUCGCGAUGCUCCACAGUGUAUUUUAUGUUUAGAACCUCGUAUGGCACCCAGUCUAACACCAUGUGGCCAUUUAUUUUGCUGGAACUGCAUUUUAGAUUGGUUGGAUGAAAGAGACGAAUGUCCACUUUGCCGAGAAACGUUAAAAAAAUCACAAGUAAUACAGUUACAAAAUUAUUCGUAACGUCGUUAUAUAACAAUUUUCCAAUAAAGUAUUACAAUCUUGAGUGGAUGUUUUCAAAUUUA